AUGGGCGUGUUAGCUACUGGAGUGCAAAGCGAAAGCUUAGUGCAAGCGUAUUUAAGUGGCAAGUUUCACAUCUUACUGCUACAAGAAACUGCUAGUGAAGAUUUCCGCAGAACGCUUCGGACGUACCAGUUCAGCUUUGUUGAUGCGGAGGAAGAGUCACUCUUGCUAGCCAUUGGUGGCACAGGCCACCACCAUCUCGAAGUUCUCAGAGCAGGCCAUGUCCAGAAUGAGGGCGUGACAAAUCCUGCAGAAGUGGCCACCCAGAACCUACAUUCUUUGAUCGUUCGGAUAGGCUGGAAGGACAGCGAAGGAGACUUCGUCAACAGGGCCGGGUCGCGCACGUGGGUUGCCUGUUCCUUCGCAGCAGGCUGGACAGACGCGGCACAGUUUCUGGAUGGGGCGAUCCGAGUCUUGGACCAGAACCCCUUGGGCUCCGCAGCGGGCUUCGGCAUCAAUGGACUGCAGUUGGACCGCGACGAGACGUCGAAACUGAUGGGCUUCGCACGGACGCAGACAAAUCCCAUGUAUUGCGGACUGAGCCGCGGGAUGUUCGAGAAUGUCGCGCUGCAGGCGAUGAGCCUCUCCAUGGUGUUGAGCUCGCGCUUCGCGACGGACAUGAUGAUGUUCACGCAGCAAGAGACGCAGUUCUUGGCCUUGCCGGACAAUUUCGUGACAGGCUCCUCAAUCAUGCCGCAGAAGAAGAACUAUGACCUCUUUGAGAUCAUGCGGGCAAAUGGCAAGGUCUUCGGCUCUCUACAGAUGCAGAUACAGGAGACCAUCGUCGGCUUGGGAAGCGGCUACCACCGCGACCUGCAGUGUACGAAGAAGGCCUUCAUCGAAGCUUGUGCCCCGGCAGCGGCGCCAAGGAGGGCCUAG